AUGUCUCACACCGGGAGACGAUACCAAGAAAAGCAAUACAGGCACCACCAGAGGCAUGGAUCUGAUAGAAACGAGGAAGACAGAAGAGCGAGAAAACCAUACCCAUACAACGGAAGGUCAACAGAAGACAUCCGAGGAGGCCAGCACUCAAGGACUUCCACUGUUUGCUCAGACCCUUACUCUAAAACCUCAGGAACAGCACAGGAAUAUUUUGGCCCGCUACCAGAAUGUUAUCCUCCCAAGGAGACCUUCUCCAUGAAGUGUUCAAAGGUAUGCACAACAAGAGGCAUUCUGAAGUUUGUGGAAAUCACGGUUAACCUCCUGGUGCUGAUCUGCGUGGGUGCUGCCCAAGCCUCUGUUGCAGGCUUCACGUCCCUUGGUGGCUUGGGCACCGGAUCCUUCAACCUGAAUUCAGCUUAUAGCCCCUUUGAGGGGACAGAGCUCCGGGAGGUGAGGGACCUAGACAUGCAGUUCACCCAGAUGAGAGCCCCUUGCGUGUAUGGCGGUGUAGCCUUCAGCUUAACAGCAGCAGUACUUACCCUCGUCUUCCUUGUCGUGGGGGCAAAACCCAUCCAGCAGCUCAGGACGGGGCUGCUGGCAGGCGAAUGUGCCUUCAACCUGCUGACCGGCGUGGCAUACAUCGUGGCUGUCGGCCUCUACCUGCAUUUUGUCAGCCAGGUGAACACCACAGAUGUUUGCAAGAGGCGUGAGAGGCUGUACGCGCGGCGUGGUUACACCUCCAUGAACUGUGUGGUCCAGGGCGGCGACGCAGCCGUCGGCCUUUUCGGUGUUGCUGCUGCCUGUUUAUACUUCGCCAGCUUUGUGGUCUGCAUCUUCGCUAUCCGAACCGUCCAGGCCUUCCAGAGACACGCGGCCAAGGCUCAGCACAGCCCCGACAGCAGCGUUAGAGACAGGCGUGUCAAAAACCACCAUGCUGUCCACAGGACUGCCGAAAGCUCCCACAGUGUCCAGGCUCUCGCCACCUUAGUGUGA